AUGGGUCUCAACGCUGGCAGUUCGCUGAGAAGAGUCGUCACCUACCACAAGGGCCAGAGCUCUGCAAUCUUAUCAGAUGAAGAGCUGGAACUCACCUCGGGCUUUGGAAGCAACGCGGUUACCAUCUGGAGAAAUGACAAGUACCCGGCUGAGCUGGUUGACAAAGACCCUGUCAGCACCGAUCCAGUAAUCUAUACACCCGGCUCACUUAUUCGAGUCGUCGACUUUCCGCCAAAUUCCUCAGGCCAUAAUCAUAGAACCGCAUCGCUUGACUAUGGAAUUGUGUUUGAGGGUGAGCUAGAGAUGGCGUUGGAAGAUGGUUCCAAGACUAUUGUUCGUGCAGGCGAUGUCAUUGUGCAACAGGCGUGGAACAAUCUUACGGAUAAGCCAGCUCGACUUAUCUUUGUGCUGUUACCGUCAGAAAAGACUGUCAAUGGUGUCAACGUCUCGGAGACUGGCGUGCCUGAGAAAUAUCUUCCGAAGAUUUCAUGA